CCAGCCUCAAAAACGCAAGUGGGAAAUGUUCUGACACGUGAGGGCAAGCCACAAUGCAAGUUGUCGGCGAGUCUGUCCAUUCAGUUCUAGCCCAAAGUUUCAGCUCCAACAACACCAUUUUUCCAUCGUCAGUCGGUACACUUCUUGUUACACCUUUCGACAAAUCUAGCAUCUCCGAGACCUAGCUAAGUUUUGAUCACAGCGAAACAAAGUCAUUUCACGUCUUUAACACUUUUAUUUACGUUGAAAUUAAGUUUUUCUAGGUUUUGUGUUCGUAUUUGAAGCAAUGGGCUUCGUCGAAGAAGAUCUACCGAAAGACGACACCGAGACGCAAUGCCAAGAAAUACAAUGGAAUGAAUGCAAUCUUCUUGCUCCCAAAGCCGGUCCGCGCAAAGUCGCAGUGUUGUCAGGUCCCGCAAAUGGUUAUUUCAUGGUCUGUUGGGAGUGCUACCAGACUACCAUUGCACCCACACCCUUAUCCGCUUUCUUUACCACCCAGGAACUCCCAAAAUCUAGAACUGCCUCGUGCAAGUUCGCCGAGUUCUGGAUCCGCUUUGCAUGGCGACAAGUCUUGGCAGGAAAGGGUGAUGUCGACGUUAUGCUUCCCCCAGCAGGCCUCUUAGCGUAUACGGAGCAGAGAUGUCCCAAUGCCAAUCUAUCAAGUGAUUCCGCAGUCAAAUCGGCUCAAAAUAGGUUAUGGUUCACCAUCGUCGACCCAGAGACUGGUGUUCUACUGAAGCAAUGGACCAUUUGUGGCGGCUGCCACUUUCAGAUUGUGAAGCUUUGCGGUCCAAUUUCGGAAGCUUUUCAAAAGGUCUCAACAGCACCUGUUAGAGCCACUUGUGAUCUGGUUCCCAAGGUCUCAUCUACCCGCAGUUCAAGGUGUCUCGAGGAGCUGAUGAAUUGUGAACGAGCUACCCAGGAGUCUGGUGAGGUUGAUAUGCGUCCGUUGGCGAAGUUCAUCAAACGAUUUACUGGGAUCCCGGCUUGCCCCAGAGAUGUUGCGCCUACUGUACCGCAAAAGUUCUAUCAUCUUCCUGGAGCUUCCGAAUACCCGAUUUGUCAAGAUUGCUACCUCACGGUCAUAGAGCCGGAAGCAAAAGAGGGUGGCGUGACUCUAGCUCAAGAGGUCGUGUUGAGUACAAGGCCUAUGCCAGGAAUGACUUGCCAGCUCUAUUCAGAGCGAAUGAGGAUGAUAUGGGCAGAUGCUGUUGCGACAUCUGACAAAGCUUUCUUGCUACAAAAGCUCUCCGAGCGCCGCGCAAAAGAAACGAACCGCCAAGUCCAAACCUCACGCUUAAACCAAAGCCUCAUUCAACUACAAGGCCAAUACGAAAUGUUGAAUUCUCUGAGCAUGCACCAGAGUCAGUUCGCCAUGAAUGAAUGGAGCAGCAACUCGAUGGCGUACACUGCGGCUAGUAUCUCGAACAUGAACAUCUUUAAUCCCAAUCCAAGGGUCAUGCCCGCUCUUCAGAAGCCUCUCGAUUUGAGUCAAUCGCGGAAUACGUCGAAUCAAGCUAUGAUGGCGCUUCAAGAGAAAGGUAGAGUUUAUGAAGAAUUGAAUACCUUGGAAUGGGAAUGGAAGAGGUACUGGGAGUGAGGAAUGUUGAUUCCUCUAACUCAGACUUUGACAACAACAUUUCCUAGAGAAGAUUACAAGAAGUUGGUCCAACCAAGACAAUGACAUUUGAACCCGCGGAACGGAGAGCCUGUUUUCCAAGUCGACAUUUAAUUUAUAUAUGACUUGCUAUAUGCAUUAAGAACUCCAUAUUCUGAAUCAGAAUGUGAGCGCAUGAGCUGUAGGCCUCUUUUCCUAAUACAUUCGACUUGUGG